UCCAUCGUCGAAGUUCACUAAUGGUAAAUUACUUGAUCAAGUGCAAUGAUAUCCCUGACAAAACAUAACUCAUGAAUGUCGUAUAACAGCCUAAAUCAAAAGCACUUUUGAGAGUGAUAGACCAAGCGGAUGUGAGUUAUUGUUUUUAUCUUCACUACGUAAAAAGGAGAAAUCUAAACAUAGUUCAUAUAUGGAACAUAGGAAGAUACACAUUUAGCAGACAUAGAAAUGAGAAGAGAGCAUGAUACAACACAACAGCUAAAACAGAUCGAUAAUGAAAUAGCAGAGCAUUACCAAGGUGUUCCUCCCGCUUCUUGGACAAAAGUGGAUAUGCCUUUAUAUCAAUGUUCAAGGCUUAAUCCAGAGAUCGAAAUGACCAGUUUCCAAUUAGAAAACAUAACAUGUCCGAGCCCACAGCAACAGCAACAAUAUAAAAGUAUCAAACGAAAAGCAUCCGAGGAUCGCUUUGAUUCUUUCCCUACUCCGCUAGGUCUAAAACGAAGGGCUGUUUCUCCUUCACUGUCGCUAAACGGCUCACCUGUUUUAACAGGUUAUAAUAGCCCGCCCACGACAGGUUUAGCCUUCUUUGGGAACGUUGGAAAUAAUACUGGUAGUAGUAACAGCAGUGUUCAAAGUGCCGGCAGCAGUAGUGGUACGUCUUUGAAUGCUGCGGCAAGAGCACAACAAAAAGGCAGUACAUUCAAUCUACACGAGGCUAGCGGUGGCCUUAGCAGAAUGUCUUUAAGUGAAUAGCAAUCUAUCUUUGCUCAGGCAUCACCCCGACGUUCACUAUUCAUCAUGCUCUUACAUACUCAUCUUACAUAAUAUACCAAUUUCCUUUCAUCAUCUACCUUUACCUUAUACAAUAAAUUUAUAAUUUACCAUCGGCCUCUGUCCUAUCUAUAAC